AUGUCGGAGCAUCCGGGAACCUCUGCAGAAAAGGCACAAGAAUACGAAGACCCCAGUCUACAGACAGCUCUGCAGGAGGCUCAGCAAAUGAUAUACGGCCAAAAUCAGGAGAUUGCCACCUUGAGAGAAUGGGUUAAUAUUCUAACGGAGGACCGUAAUUUUCUCAGGGAGAGACUUAAAGAAGCUCUUGCACUCAGAAAGGAAAGGGGAGGCGAGCUAGCCACGAAGAUCCCACCUGGAGAUCAACCACCUGGACAGCGGAAAGAGGACUCGGAUGAAUCGGACCUUUCGUCAUCUAGCGAUUCAUCCGAGUCUGAAUCAAGUUCUGAAUCAUCUGAGGACAAGAAGCCCAAGAAGAAGUCCAAGUCUAAGCGCAAGCUCAAGCGCAAAUCGGACAAGAAAAAACGGAAACAUUUGCGAGUGAAAACGCCAGACCACUCCAUUCGCCGGUACAAUAUGGUACUGGAGAUGGUAAAAAAGGAAGGCAUCAGCAAAGCUGUUGCAUACACCAGGCUUGGUGUGGAUCGCAAUACAAUUGUGUAUCAGGCGCCGAUUGCUGAAAUUGCCUUUGUAAACCCAGAGCUUCAAGAGGAAGGACAGCAUCAAAAGAUUUGCUGA